GUUUAUGACCAAAUAAAGAGAAAGACAAAAAACUGCUUUAUUACUUUAUAUCUGCUGCAGAAAUUUUUAUGACCCGAAAAUGUAUUUGGUGUCAGCUGGUUUUUAAAUUGAAGUAUUUAAAUUGCAGGUUAUUUAUGUUUUCUACAUUCAUAUACAUAUGUAUGUACAUAUAUAUAUAUAUUUAGGUGUCCGACAAAAUGAGUGUUUCACUUUCAACCUUCAAGUAUCAAAAUCAAGUUAAAUUAUUAAAUUAAUUUCUGCUGGGGUUUUGGCAACAGACAAGAAACUUAUUCUAUCAGGAUAUAUCGCUUCCCAAUGCACAAUUGAAUUGAAUUCUUAGUUAUCUAAAGCCAUUAUUUUGUGACAAAUUGACUUAGCGAACAAUCUAAAAGACAUUCAGAAUGUUGCAAGGUAGAAUAUUCAACAUUUUGAUACGUGAUGUGGUUUUCAAAAAAAGUUCUUGUUCUUAUAGCGCUGCUUUGCAAGCAAACCAACAGCACAUCAAGAAGCCCUUAUGGCUAGGGGCUUGCCAAAGAGAUCUCCAAUACUGGGUGUUAAUGACAUCGUCGUAGUUGCUUCAGGGAAAGGUGGUGUUGGAAAAUCAACGAUUGCAGCAAAUCUAGCAGUAAGCCUUGCUUCCCUUGGUGUAAGGGUUGGACUAUUGGAUGGAGAUAUAUUUGGUCCAUCAAUACCACUUAUGCUAAAUCUUAAAGAGGAACCUCUCGUGAACAGUGAAAAUCUGAUGAUUCCUCCAGUAAAUUAUGGAGUUAAGUGUUUAUCUAUGGGACUAAUCUCACAGUCUGGAGCGAUGAUAUGGAGGGGUCCAUUAGUAAUGUCGGCUUUACAGAGAUUACUAAAAGGCGCAGCAUGGGGCCCUCUGGAUGUACUCAUUGUCGACACCCCUCCCGGAACUGGUGAUGUUCAUUUAUCUUUAGCACAGAACGUUCCUAUUUCUGGUGUUCUCUUGGUCAGUACUCCACAGACGGCGGCAUUACAAAUAACUGCUCGUGGUGCCGAAAUGUACAAAACAUUAAAGAUUCCUAUUUUUGGUUUAGCCGAAAAUAUGGGAUACAUUGUUUGCACCAGUUGCGAGACUAAAAUGAAUAUUUUCAAAAAUGUCACAAACAAAUUUGCAGAAGAAAUGGGAACAGGGACAAUUGUAAGUAUACCAAUUGACGCAAAAAUAACAGAUUGCUGUGAUGCCGGAACUCCAAUGGUAGCAAAAUUUCCAGAUUCCUUAUAUGCCGAAAGUUUUCGCCAUUUAGCAAAGAAAAUUUUAGAAAAAUUACAACCAAAGAUAUAACAUGCACAUAUGUAGGUAUCGUGUUAAUGUAGACAAAUAUUUUAAUUUUGUGUAAAAUACCAAAAGUAAUUAUGAAUUAAAUAAAAAGUAUAAACUGAUAAAUAUAUUCUAA